AUGUCUAAAGAAGCGUUAGAAUCUAAUUUGAGUACAAUAUUUUCUACACUAAGAAAUACAGAACAAUAUUGGCAAAAACCAAGAAGUAAUUUAAAUUGCAUGACGCAACAUUAUGGNCCUGCAACGUGGUUUUUAACGUUAAGUCCUGGCGAAUGGUUAUGGGAUGAUUUAGGAGAUUAUAUACGUGAAGUAAAUGGAUGGCAUGAUUCUUUGUUAAGUACUAGUGUACUUGUUGCAAAAGAUNCUGUUUCAACGUCGAGAUUUCUUGAUAAUAAAUUUAAAGCAAUGCUUGACUUUAUAUGUUCUAAAGAUCAUCCGAUCGGAGAAAUGCACAAACAUAACGAUUAUUGUCUCCGUUCUAAGAAAGUAGACCGUAAAAUUGUACUUAGAUGUCGGUUUGGAUUUCUUUGUCCCGUCACUGAAGCAUUGACUAUAAGAAAUGUUAUAAGUUCGAUAGCAGAUAAAUCACCAUUACGAUUAUACGUUAGUGGAGAAGGUGGUACAGGAAAAAGUUUCUUAAUUAAAACUGUUAAAUAUUGGAUAAAACAAUAUCUCAACAAAGAUACUGCUAUAGCAGCUCCUACUGGUAUUGCAGCGUUUAACGUUGACGACUUGACAGUUCAUAGACUAUUCCAAUUACCUGUUGAACAUGGUGUUAUUCCUAAAUAUAAACAAUUAUCUGAUCACGUAUUAAAAGUUUUACGAGCAGAUUUGCAAGAUGUUAUUCUUAUUGUAAUUGAUGAAGUGUCAUGAUAUCUAAUGAUAUCUAAUUUGACUUUAAUGUACAUUCAUCUUUGAUUGUCUCAAGUAUUUGACACUACUGAUACUGAUGAUGGUUGGUUCGGUGGAAACCACAUCCUUCUAUUUGGGGAUUUGCUUCAAUUACCACCUGUACACGAUGAUGCUGCUUUUGUGCGUUUAUCAAAAGAAAAAGUUGCUAAGUAUCUCGGUUCGAUAGAAGUCAUUAACUUGUGGACUACAUUGUUUGAUUACGAUGAAUUAACAAUCAUUAUGCGACAAAAAGAAGAUGAAUCUUAUUACGAGAUAGUAUCAAAAAUUCGUAUUGGAUUAGUGACUGAGUCUGAUUGUAAAAUCCUUCAAACUAGAAUACUAUCGUUUAAAGGUGUAUCUACAAAAUCUAAAUUGAACGAAUUAUCAAUGCUAAAUCAAAUUAAUGCGAAAAAAAUAAUAUUAAUUGCAGAAGAUACGAUAGAUUGCACNCGUUUUGUACGAAAAAAAGUUGCAAAACUAUUGUCAAAUCAUGAAGAUGAUACUUCAAGAAUAGCCGGACUUGCAAAGAGAAUUGAUAUUAAAAUUGGAGCAAANGUUAUGAUAAGACGUAAUAUUGAUGUUAGCAAAGGUCUUGUAAAUGGUACAAUAGCUAAAGUAAUUUCUGUUGUUAAGGAUAUAUCAAGUGAAAAUGUAGAAAAAAUAAAUCUUCUUUUGCCGUCAAGUAAAGAAGUUUNAAUUGAGAGAGUAAGUGUUAAAUUUUGUGUAAUUGAAAGAGCGUAUGUUAUUAGAAAACAAUUUCCAUUGUCUUUGAGUUAUGGAAUUACUAUUCAUAAGAGCCAAGGAUUGAGAUUGAAGAACGCUAUAAUAGAUGUAGGCAAUUCUAUUUUCAAUCCUGGUCAAAUUUAUGUUGCAUUGUCUCGAGUAACAUCUCUAGAAGGAUUGUAUUUAAUUAAUUAUGAUCCUUCAUCUGUAAAAGCUA